CUCCUCCUCCUUUGUCGAGUAGUUUAUGGUCGAUCAUUUAAAGGAAUUGGAUAAAGGAAGAGGACAGGUUCGAUCACAUGAUGACGAGCCUGAACACGGCUCUCAGAUCGGGUUUUAGCGAGACUCCUGCAGGUCUGUGACUGACUGUCCGACAUGGAUCUCAGCUGCCAGGACUGGAUGUCAGCUUUACCCGAGGAGCUGUGGGACACCCCUCUGACAAACCUGGCCAUCCCUGGGAGCCAUGAUGCUAUGAGUUACUGCCUGGACAUAAACUCCCCCUUGAUCCCGUCUGAAUCGGACCUUUUCAGGCUCCUGGAUGGACUUUUCUACUGCUUUACGCGACCUGUUAUUUUUAGAUGGGCUACAACACAGGACAAAAGCAUCGAGGAGCAGCUUUCGAUGGGGAUUCGGUUCUUCGAUCUCCGCGUUGCGCACAAACCCAAGGACUCCUCCAGCGACCUGUACUUCACGCACGUCAUCUACACACAUCUAACGGUUUUGGAAACACUGGUGUCAGUUGCCGCCUGGCUGGAGUCUCACCCAAAGGAGGUUGUCAUCCUUGCUUGCAGCCAUUUUGAGGGAAUUAAUGACAAACUCCAUCAAGCGUUCAUUUUCUCCCUGAAGAAGCUGUUUGGCUCGAAGCUGUGCCCCCAGAAGGAAUCAGCCCUGACCUUGCGGAGUCUGUGGGCAUCUGGUUACCAGGUCAUCCUGUCCUAUGAUUCCCAGAUGGCGGUGAGACAUCAGGAGCUGUGGCCCGCCAUCCCCUACUGGUGGGCCAACCAGCGCACAGCACAGGGAGUGAUCAACUUCCUGGACUGGAACAAAGACCUGGGACGUCCAGACGGCUUCUUCGUCUCCGGCCUGAACCUGACAGCCGACAGGUAUUACAUCACCGAGAACCCGAAGCAAUCCCUGCGGACGCUGACCUUCAGUAACUGGGAGUGUUUGAGGAAAUGGCUGCAGGAGCAGAAACCUGGAUCAGACCCCGACAGCUUGAAUAUCAUCGCAGGAGACUUUGUGGGUCCACUUCCACUCUGCUCUCUGGUCAUUGCACUGAACCAAAAACUUCUACAGAAGAACGGCGUCUGAUAAAAAAACAUUAUUAACUGUGAUUUUAUUCCUCAGGAACUGAUCCCAAAGCAGCUACAACAUACCUCAUCUCCUCUCUUUUUUGAAUAUAUUUGCACCUUUGCCUUCAUUUAUUAUAACUGAAAGAAAUGUUUUGAAAAAAAUCUGUAUUUUCCAGCAAAAAAAUCUGUAUAGUCUAAAGCUGUAAUUUGCAUUUUAUAUGCACUGUAUGUUUACAAGCAGAAACAUCAUUCUUUUACUAAAUGAGAUUUUCAAAUAUUUUAAUAUUCUGUACAAUACAUACACUGUUAGUGGUA